AUGGAGACCUUCGGCGACUUCGAAAUCGUCGAUGUACCCAAGUACACCGAGGCCCAGCUUGCGGCCAAGAUUGCCGCCAAGGACCAAGAAAUCGCCGCGCUGAAGCGACGACACGAGGCCGAGUGCAUCGAGAUCGAACUGGCCAAGGUUUCCGAGGAGAACGAAGAGAUUGCCGCGCUGAAAGAAGCGCAGGAAGCUGUGGUCGACAAAUAUAAGGAAAUCCACGCCCUUAAGAUGGCUCAGAAGAACAAAGAAUUCGCCGCGCUCGAGCAACAACACGACGAGGAGUGCGCCGAAUUAGACGCCUUGAUUUCCGAGAAAGAUGAAGAAAUCACUGAGAAGGACAAAGAAAUGGCCGCGCUCGAGCAACAAUACGACGACGAGUGCGCCAAAGUAGACGCUUUGAUUGCUGAGAAAGACGAAGAGAUCGCUGAGAAAGACGAAGAAAUCGCUAAGAAGAACGACAAAAUCGCUGAGAAGAACGACGAAAUUGCCCAUAAGAACGACGAGAUCGCUGAGAUGGAUGAGGAAAUUAAUGAGAUAUAUGACGAAAUGUUUGAGAAGACCGACGAAAUCGCUAAGAAGGACGAGGAGAUUGCUGAGAAGGACGAAGAGAUUGCCAACAAGAACGACGAAAUUGACAGGAUGCACGAAGAUAUCAUUCGGAGAGACGAAGUAAUUGCCGAUCAAAACGACGAACUCAUUGAGAAGAACCAAGAAAUUACCGACAAGAAGGACGAAAUUGCUAAGAAGACCGAAGAAAUCGCCAAGAAGGACGAAGAGAUUGCUGCGCAGAAGCAACAAAAGGAAGCUGUAUGCGCCAAGUACAUGAAAAUCCACACCGAUGCGUUGGCCCAGAAGAAUCAAGAAAUUGCCGUGCUGCGGAAAGAGCACCAAGCCGGAAUCGCCAAGUGCAUCGAAGACGCAGCCGCCAAGCGCGCCGAAGAGCUCAAGAAAUUCCAAUACAAUGCUCAAAGAUCUCUCGACCAACACAAAAAGGAGAGCGAGGAUUCCCAGAAGCUCAUCCACAGCAUCAUCAAUGCUAAGCUGGCCGAAAGCAAGGGCAAGCUCAUCAAGGAGCGUUCAGAUGCUGCGGAGCUGAGACGUGAGCUUGAGGAGGAGCGUUCGACUUCUACGAAGCUGAGAAAUGAGCUUGAAACCCAAAGAAACAAAAGCAAUGCUGCCGCGAGCGAUCUUGAGAAGAAACACAAGCAGUAUGUCGAGUUUCUUAAAUCCGACAUUCGGCAGCUGAGACUUGCGCUGUCAGACUGUUAUAGUGACGAUGACGACGACUUAGGAUUUGGUCACUUUGACUAG